AAAUUUCGAAUGAGAAGAACAAUGGAGGUGGAAGAAUAAAAUUUUGAAGCUGAAGAAUGGGGAAUUGCAUAAUAAAUGCAAAGGAUUUUGGGAGAGAUUCACUAUUUAAUGUCUGAACAGAUAAUUAAUAUUUAAUAUUAUUCAGACCACCCCUAAAUAUAUUAUUAGGUGAAGGCUUAAUUGGAGAAAAAAGAGGAUAGUGUAAAUAGUAGAUUAGAAAAUUAUAAAAAAUUAUAUCUAUAAUUUAUAGGAGGAAAAUAAAUAUAUCAUUAGAUAUCGCAGUUGACUAAAGAUAAUAAAUUACUCAACAAUAAAGUCUAAAAAUUACUAUAUAAAGAAUUUUAGUAAAUUUAUUUAGUUGAGAAUCCUUUAAAUUAUGAGAUUGAAGAAAUUAAAGAUCCAAAAUUUUAAAAGGAAAAAGAAAACCAGAUAAUAUAUUACAGAAGAAAAGAUGAACAAUAUAAAUGGUUUUUUGUUCGAGUAAUAAAGAAUGUUGAUAUUAUAAGAAAUUUAAUACAAAACUAAUUUUAGACUUAAAUGGCUAUUUCAAUACUAGACAUUGAAGUAUUUUUGUGUGAUGGAUCUUAAAAGAUGGAAAAAUAGGAUAAGCAACAUGAACUUGAGAUUAUGAAAUAAGUCAAUUAAUGGUUCAAGUAAUUAAUAUUUAAUGUUCAAAAUAAAAAAUUAAGCAGAAAAAAUUUCACAGAAAUAAUUUAAUAUAUUGAAGAAACUCUUAAGAUAUUAUUUAAAGGAUUGAAAUGUUCAACAUGUAAUUAGGUGUUCAUUUAGACAGAAAAUGGAAAUUUUGUUUAACCUUAUGUUAAAAUAAGUGAUAUUGAUUAAUUGCAUCAUUUUUCUUGUUUGUUUAAAUGA